CCGCCCCUCUCAGCGCCCCCUCCUGGCUGGGUGGGGGCCCCUCUUGGCUGAGCUGGGGUGCCCCCCCACCCACCCAAGGCCGGCCCUUUCCUGUGGAGUCAUCUCACCACCGCGCGCACCCACUCGUAACUCGCACCCGGGUCCUGGCUGCGCCGCGUCCCCUCCUGCACCCCCUGGAUGGCCCUUCAGCCAAAGGGGGCCUGGGCGAUGGUCGACCACCGAGCUGCGCAAGGAAAAGUCCCGGGAUGCGGCCCGCAGCCGGCGCAGCCAGGAGACCGAGGUGCUGUACCAGCUGGCUCAUACGCUGCCCUUCGCCCGCGGCGUCAGCGCCCACCUGGACAAGGCCUCUAUCAUGCGCCUCACCAUCAGCUACCUGCGCAUGCACCGCCUCUGCGCCGCAGGGGAGUGGAACCAGGUGGGAGCAGGGGGAGAACCACUGGAUGCCUGCUACCUGAAGGCCCUGGAGGGCUUCGUCAUGGUGCUCACCGCCGAGGGAGACAUGGCUUACCUGUCGGAGAAUGUCAGCAAACACCUGGGCCUCAGUCAGCUGGAGCUCAUCGGACACAGCAUCUUUGAUUUCAUCCACCCCUGUGACCAAGAGGAGCUUCAGGACGCCCUGACCCCCCAGCAGACCCUGUCCAGGAGGAAGGUGGAGGCCCCCACAGAGCGGUGCUUCUCCUUGCGCAUGAAGAGUACGCUCACCAGCCGCGGGCGCACCCUCAACCUCAAGGCAGCCACCUGGAAGGUGCUGCACUGCUCUGGACAUAUGAGGGCCUACAAGCCCCCUGCACAGACUUCUCCAGCUGGGAGCCCUGACUCAGAGCCCCCGCUGCAGUGCCUGGUGCUCAUCUGCGAAGCCAUCCCCCACCCAGGCAGCCUGGAGCCCCCGCUGGGCCGAGGGGCCUUCCUCAGCCGCCACAGCCUGGACAUGAAGUUCACCUACUGUGACGACAGGAUCGCAGAAGUGGCUGGCUAUAGUCCCGAUGACCUGAUCGGCUGUUCCGCCUACGAGUACAUCCACGCGCUGGACUCCGAUGCGGUCAGCAAGAGCAUCCACACCUUGCUGAGCAAGGGCCAGGCAGUAACAGGGCAGUAUCGCUUCCUGGCCCGGAGCGGUGGCUACCUGUGGACCCAGACCCAGGCCACAGUGGUGUCAGGGGGACGGGGCCCCCAGUCGGAGAGUAUCGUCUGUGUCCAUUUUUUAAUCAGCCGGGUGGAAGAGACCGGAGUGGUGCUGUCCCUGGAGCAAACGGAGCAACACUCUCGCAGACCCAUUCAGCGGGGCGCCCCCUCUCAGAAGGACACCCCUAACCCUGGGGACAGCCUUGAUGCCCCUGGCCCCCGGAUCCUCGCCUUCCUGCACCCCCCUUCCCUGAGCGAGGCUGCCCUGGCCGCUGACCCCCGCCGUUUCUGCAGCCCUGACCUCCGUCGCCUCCUGGGACCCAUCCUGGAUGGGGCUUCAGUAGCGGCCACUCCCAGCACCCCGCUGACCACGCGGUGCCCCCAAAGUCCUCUUUCGGCUGAUCUCCCACAUGAACUACCUGUGGGCACCGAGAAUGUGCACAGACUCUUCACCUCUGGGAAAGACACUGAGGCAGUGGAGACAGAUUUAGAUAUAGCUCAGGAUGCCGAUGCUCUGGAUUUGGAGAUGCUGGCCCCCUACAUCUCCAUGGAUGAUGACUUCCAGCUCAACGCCAGCGAGCAGCUACCAAGGGCCUACCACAGACCUCUGGGGGCUGUCCCCCGGCCCCGUGCUCGAAGCUUCCAUGGCCUGUCACCUCCAGCCCUUGAGCCCUCCCUGCUGCCCCGCUGGGGGAGUGACCCCCGGCUGAGCUGCUCCAGCCCUUCCAGAGGGGACCCUUCAGCAUCCUCUCCCAUGGCUGGGGCUCGGAAGAGGACCCUGGCCCAGAGCUCAGAGGACGAGGACGAGGGAGUGGAGCUGCUGGGAGUGAGACCUCCCAAAAGGUCCCCCAGCCCAGAACCCGAAAACUUUCUGCUGUUUCCCCUCAGCCUGAGUUUCCUUCUGACAGGAGGACCAGCCCCAGGGAGCCUACAGGACCCCAGCACCCCACUCCUGAACCUGAAUGAGCCCCUGGGCCUGGGCCCCUCACUGCUCUCUCCGUACUCAGACGAGGACACUACCCAGCCCGGGGGCACCUUCCAGCCAAGGGCAGGCUCAGCCCAGGCCAACUGAGCCGGCUCCUCUCCCCAUCUGCCUUCUCCUCCCCCAGAAAGGACCUCAACCACACUCCAAGCCGGCAGCCAACGCACAGGAUGGGGGCGCCAGGAGAGGGACCCUUCUCUCCUCUAUGUGCCCCCUGCCCACCUCGGGCCUACCUCAGCCCUCACCCCUCUGCCUGCUUCCAAUCUGGGGGCUCUCUGGGGUGGUCUCAGCUCAGUGACCUCUGGGAGGGGGUCCCUGGCCCCCUCCUCCUUCUCUCAGGAUUUCUCUUGGUGUUCUCAAUACUUGGUUACCUCAUUAUCCCUUUCUCUGCCUCUCUUGGCUUUAUUUCGGGGAAUCAGGGGUUGGGAGGGUUGGGGGGGUCAGAUCUGUGUUUCCAGGUUCUGGGGAGAACAAUGAUCCACAGGUCAACGUGAUCACGUUUCCUUCUAUCCUUCUUGUAUUAUUAUUUUUAUUUUUGUCAA